CUUCUCAGCACACAGGUCCUCUGUCCAGCCUCUGCUUCUCCAGCCCCUGUCCAGCCACUUGUCGACAGGCUCUCUCGCAUAACUGUUGGACCUCAUUCCACAAAUGCACAUGGAGAUUGGGUGACCCUGCUGCCACCUCAUCCUCUCGCAGUUUUCUCUCCUCGAGUGACCUCAGAAGCAUGACCUUUCUGCGCUACUCCUACGGUCAGCUCAUCUUCUAUGACAACAAUGGGUUCCAUAUUGUUAAUCCAUUCAGUGGCGCUAAGCUUGGCCCUCCUUCCCUACAGUCAAUUCAGUUCACUUGCAUCAGCUAUGUCACCUUAACUGCCCCUGUUGCAUCUGCUGACUCAUAUCUCCUUGUCGGUGCUGGAGCCUAUCUGUUCCUGUGGCGCAUCGGGAGCGAUUCUUGGACAAAACAGAGUCCUAAAGUUGGUCAUUUUUCGAUUGAACAAAAUGUGGCCUUCAAGGACAAGACAUAUGCCCUAGGGUCUUUCGGGUGGUUCUACAUCAUUCACUUGUCACCCAGUCUCAUUGUUGAGAAGUUUAAAGUUGUGUUCGAGGAAGAUAAAACCAAAGAUCUCUAUUCGGCAAAUGAAAAAGCAUGGCUAGUGGUGUGUGGUGACACGCUUCUCUUGAUCAAACUUGUGGAGGCGGGAAGACGGAUGCGCUCGGAGGCCUUCCAGUUCAUGGCCUUCAAGCUUGAGUCAUUGGACACCAUGACCAAGAAGGCAAGGUGGGUGAAAGUGAACAAGUUAGAUAACUGGGCCAUCUUUAUCAGCGUUGACGAGCGGUGCGAGGCGUUGCCGUGCAUGAACCCGGAGGGAUGGGGAGGAAGGAGCAACCACAUAUACUUCCCAAGUUAUCAGUCUGAAAAACCUUGGGCUGCAGUCCAACUACGGAAAAAAUGUUAUUACCAUUCGACACAGCUCUUCAACACUGGAAGACGUUACCUGAAAUUGGAGUCAACCUGGGUCUUCCCCACGCGUUUCCUUGUUACGUCCUGCGAUGAUCUUACGGCCGUGAGUGCGGUUGGUGGGAGGAUUCUACUAUGUUGCAGUGAUUCUACUAUGUUUCCUUGUUACCGUGAUUAGCUUCUGAUACAGCUUUGGUGGGAGGAUUCUACUAUGUUGCAGUAGCAAGAUGAGUAGUUCACUGAAUGUUCGUGACGUGUUUCAAAACUUGCAUUACAAACAGAAGUGUAGAUUAAAUUAUCAGAUUAUGUACUUUCCUCUUUUUUUCUGCGGCAAUUACAAGGGACCCAUAUGUUUUAUUUCUCAUUUAUUACAGAUUGUGGAGUUUUCUUGUACCUGGGCACUUGAUAACAUGCGCUAGGCCUGUAACUUCCUUUUCAUGCAUAGAUAGCUAAGAGUAACUUGUCUCAAAAAAAAAAGCUAAGAGUAAUUGUACUAUGGUUGUUGA